AUGCAAGAGAAUAAGUCUUUAAGAGCAUUCGUGAAACGGUUUGGUCAGGUUGUGUUACAAGUGGAGGCUUAUAGCAUGGAUGUUGUCCUCCAAAUCUUCAAAAGAAGCUUAUGCCCAGGCAUUCCAUUCUUUGAAUCACUCGCUAAGAAGCCUCCCAUGACAAUGGAUGACUUGUUCCAACGCGCGAGCAAAUACUCAAUGCUGGAAGAUGAUGUGCGUGCGACCACCCAACAAAUUUUGGUUGCCGAACAGACUUCUAGAAGCGACGCGGAAAGGAGUUCCAAACUUCCGGAUCGGCUAAGGCCGUCUGGUCAAAGGUGGCCCGGACCCAUCAGAACGAACCCAUCCAAGAGAGACCAUAACAAGAAGUGUGCUUACCAUAAAGAGCAUGGUCACACUACGGAGCAAUGUAGGAGCCUCCAUUAUUUGGUAGAAAGACUCAUAAAAGCAGGUCAUUUGAAGCAAUACCUCCUCUCAGAAGCCAGAGUUGGAUAUACUCCCCGAAACCGCAACUCUGGGACCUCCAAGACCCCAGUCGCCCCCAAAGCCGUCAUUAAUUACAUCUACGGAGGACAACUGGACGAGGAGUACAACUCCAAACAAAAGAGGCAGAGGUUGUUGCGAGCAGCAUCGGUGCGUAAGCGCGUCAAUUCCAUCCGGCUCGGGAUAACUGGUGGGGGCCCCCGACCCAUAGAUGGGACAAUCGUUUUCCCCCCAAUAGAUUCCACACGAAUACUACAACCACACCGUGACGCCCUCAUCCUAUCCCUGGGGAUGGGAGACUUUGAUGUGAGACGUAUCCUAGUCGACCCAGACAGUUCGACCGAUCUUUUACAGGCGUCAGUAGUUAGUCAGAUGGGACACGAUCUAUCCGGCCUUGAAAAUCCUCGGCAGAUCUUGUCCGGAUUCAAUGGAGCGGCAACUACCUUCCUAUGA